AUGAAAAGAGCAAUACUUCAACUAACUCUAUGGCUGGUGCUACUGAAGUCAAAUUUGGUGAUCUCUAAAGCGAUUGAUGGCAAAUCGGGCUCGAAUACCAAACCAAAAACGUUGGAGGUUCCGAAAAUUUUGGAAGUGCAGUACGACGACUACCCGAUGGUAGUACCAAAGCGGGCCGCUAUGCUGCUGGAUCGGUUAAUGGUUGCCCUUCACCAUGCCUUGGAAAAGGGCGAAGGAGAUGAGGGGACAGGUCGGCCCAUCAACAAGGUAUACCGGGACGCUAAGUACGGAGGUCGACCUGUUACAAAUGGGAUGGUUAGGCAACAGCCUGCACCACCGUCGCUACCACCCGGUAAAACAGAGCAACUGAUGAAGUCCUACUAUGCCGAGGCAGAGGCAGACGAUGCGGAGGUAGACAACGCGAUUCCCGAUGAGUUGGAAGAACUCGAAGGUCGGAAGGAACUGUUUGACGAAAUGAUGGACAUUCAGACGAGGGGCACUGAGGACAAAACGAAAAAGGGCCGAUAUUGGAAAUGCUACUUUAAUGCAGUCAGUUGCUUUUGA